AUGGGCACCUGGAAGCCUCAGACUAUUCGGCAAACUCUUCAAAGGACACUGCAGUAUUUUGAGCAUCAAGUUAUUGGUUACAGGGAUGCAGAGAAGAACUUUCGUAAUAUAACAAACAGAUGCUCCUACACAGACUGCUCUGGCAAUGAAGAAACUGAAGAUGUCUCAGGAAUUCUCCAGUGUACAGCUAAUGUACUUGGUCUGAAAUUUGAGGAAAUGCAAGAAAAAUUUGGGGAGGAAUUCUUCAAUAUCUGCUUUGAUGAGAAUGAAAGAGUUCUUCGAGCUGUAGGUGGGACGCUUCAAGACUUCUUCAAUGGCUUUGAUGCUUUGCUGGAGCACAUUAGAACUUCAUUUGGAAGACAGGCCACCCUGGAAUCCCCAUCUUUCCUAUGCAAAGAGCUCCCUGAAGGCAAUCUCAUGCUUCAUUACUUUCACCCACAUCAGAUAGUGGGGUUUGCAAUGGUGGGAAUGAUAAAGGCAGCAGCAAAGAAAAUUUACCGCUUGGACGUCGAAGUAGAGCAGGUCACUAAUGAUAAGCUGUGUUCAGAGGGGACGAACCCAGGUAACUGCAGCUGUCUGACUUUCCUUAUCAAAGAACAUGAAAAUGCAAAUAUCACAAAAGCACUUCCAUCAGGAACUUCCCAGUCCCCCUCAGAUCUGAGGAUUAGUAUCAGCACCUUCUGCAGAGCAUUCCCCUUUCAUCUGAUGUUUGAUCAAAACAUGUUUGUUCUUCAGCUGGGAGAAGGUCUAAGGAAGCAGCUCAGAUGUGACACUCACAAAACUCUGAAAUUCCAAGACUGCUUCGACAUAGUUUCUCCUAAGAUCAGUGCCACUUUUGAACGAGUCCUCCUGAGGUUAUCUACCCCCUUUGUUAUUCGGACCAAACUUGAAGAUACUGACUCUGAAAAUAAAGACAAGGUGAUGGAAGUUAAAGGACAAAUGAUUCAUGUGCCAGAAUCAAAUUCAAUUUUGUUUCUGGGGUCCCCCUGUGUGGACAAGCUGGAUGAACUGAUGGGCCGAGGCCUCCAUCUUUCAGACAUACCUAUCCAUGAUGCUACUCGUGAUGUCAUAUUGGUUGGGGAGCAAGCAAAGGCCCAGGAUGGCUUGAAAAAAAGAAUGGAUAAACUGAAGGCAACGCUAGAACGCACACACCAAGCUCUGGAAGAGGAGAAAAAGAAAACAGUCGAUCUCCUUAUUUCUAUUUUCCCUGAAGAAGUGGCUCAGCAGUUGUGGCAGGGGCAGCAGGUUCAGGCCAGGAAGUUUGAUGAUGUCACCAUGCUCUUCUCGGAUAUUGUUGGCUUCACAGCCAUCUGUGCGCAGUGCACGCCCAUGCAAGUCAUCAGCAUGCUGAAUGAACUCUACACACGGUUUGACCAUCAGUGUGGGUUCCUGGACAUCUACAAGGUGGAAACAAUAGGUGACGCAUACUGCGUUGCAGCAGGGCUCCACAAGAAAAGCCUUAGUCACGCUAAAGCCAUUGCCUUGAUGGCACUGAAGAUGAUGGAGCUUUCAGAAGAGGUUCUCACUCCGGAUGGGAGCCCUAUUAAGAUGAGGAUAGGCAUUCACUCAGGAUCAGUGUUGGCCGGUGUUGUUGGUGUAAGAAUGCCACGCUACUGUCUCUUUGGAAACAAUGUCACCCUUGCAAGCAAGUUUGAGUCAGGAAGUCAUCCACGUCGCAUCAAUGUCAGUCCAACCACAUACCAGCUUUUGAAAAAGGAAGAAAAUUUUAUUUUUAUCCCUCGUUCCCGUGAAGAGCUUCCAGAAAACUUUCCAAAGGAAAUUCCUGGGAUCUGUUACUUCCUCGAGGUCAGAAGUGGUCAGAAGCAGCCAAAACCCUCCAUCACAUCUGCUAGAGUGAGAAAAGUUUCUUACAACAUUGGCACCAUGUUCCUCCGGGAGACCAGCCUAUGAGGCCUGCUGCAGAUCAAAGACUCGUUAAAAAAGCACAAGCCCAGAACUGGGUCAUGCCAGGGGAGUCGGAGGUUCUUUCUAUUUCACUGCCUUGUUCAGAACAAGCAGUAAAGCUUCAUGUAAUGUCAGGCAAUAAUCAUUUUAAAGGUGGGUGACUGCUGUCAGUAAACAGAGUGGAGAUAGGGAAGAAAGUGUUUAAACAAAAUACUUCCGCUUCCAGAGGAAUUUCAUUCAUAAACUCGAGUCUGGCCCCGUUAUGACAAACAAACACAAACAAAACAAAAAUACCCAGCUCUCACAGUAGAGGUUGGUUUUGUUUUGUACAGAAAGGGUGAUGGUUCUCCGUAGAUUUGCACCAGCUAAGCAGAAUUGAAAGUCAGUUCUGAUUAUGCAUUCCUACAUUUAAUGUGUUCUUCAGUAAGGUAAUGAUGUUUUUUAACUUUGUGAACAAACAUUUCAUACAUGUACUGUAGAGCUGUUGUAACCUUCCUAACAGGAGGAAUUAUAAUUCAGUACAAAUGUUGUAGGGAUUUUACCUAUUUUUAUACAUAUGUCACUUUCUGGAUAAUUACAUUCCACAUACUGUAAGCUGAGUAAGCUUGGAUAGCUUUUCAGAAUAAGUUACUGUAUAUUUCAUAUAUUCUACCUAUCAAAGCUUAUUGUUAUACAAAUGGGAAGAAGGUCAUUUUUUGACUUUUUUGGCAUCAAAAUUAUCAAUAUUUUAAAGAAAGAAGUAACACUUUGGUAAACCUCUUUACCUGAUGUUUAUGCUAAACUUUAGAUGAGCAUUGUCUUGCUUAUGCAAAAUAAUGUUCAGUAUUUGUCCGAUAGUGCUGUGUGUCCAGUCUUUCUGGGACAAAGCAAACAAAAUGUAAAAGAACAACUUGUUAACAAACAGAAAAGUUCUGUUAUACACAGUGGAGCUUUUUUCCGCAACAGAUUAUCAUCCAAAUUGAUAUUUGGUAGAAGUCCUUACUCUGAGAGAGUCCAGCAAACUCUGGAAGCUCUCCGGGUACUGGUUUUCCAGUUUUUUAAAAAGGACUUCUGCUCCUGCUCUAAAAAUCCUCUCUGCUAUUAAAGAUGCUCAUUUGGAAAUUUUCUCUGUGGUGGGUUGGAUGAAAGCUUUAUCUAAUGCAGACCAAAAACACACUGAAGAGGGGAAGCAAAUAAUUUCUCUGAUUUAAUGAAAAUGACAGUUUAAGAUUUAGAGGAGUCCAUGUUAAUCAUAAAGAAUAAGAAAAAAAAGUCCCAUUUUUUCCCUGUUAAAAUUAAAAUACUUUUAUUUUCUUCAGUGAAACCAACUGAAACAAGAAACAAGAUGUAAAUCUGUUCUCCCAGUAGACACAUUUUCAGGCAGUGUUUAUUUCUCAGGCUUUCCUUUGCAGAAGUAAUGGCAGUCAGUUUUCUUUUGUAGGUGUACUUCCCUUAAGGUCCUACUGAAGUGGGCCAACAUUUUUCUAGUCUUGUAAAUUCUUGGAAAACAUUAAUGCAGUGAUUUCACGUUGGCUUAGCUUUACAUCAGCCUGUUCAAAACUUGAAGAAAUCAAAGACAAGACUCUCAACAGCUCAACACUUCUGUAAUCCAAACCAGAAAUUCGGGUUUUACUUAUGGAUUUGGUUAUCAAAUCUUGAAGCGCCUUUUGAAAAUUAAGUAACAUUCUCCAUGGGUCCAAAUUAUCCAGUUAUAUCUUUCUGUGGAGGGAAUGACAGUGCUGCAUUAUUCCUCUUUGACUCAUGUUAGGAUGGGAACAAUUCAGCAUGGCACAGCCGUCCUGUAACAGACAAAAAUUUAAUGCUUCCUUUCCAUGAAGCCUGUCUCUAUGAGAAAGGACUAUUUUGAACCUAUGCAGACUUCAGCAGGUAGAAGAAACCUGAACUUAUUAUGAAAGAUGUUUUCUUGCUGAAGAGGGUAGCUGCGUGGGUGUGGCAAAGGCAUUGGAACUAGAUGACCUAUAAGGUCUCUUCCAAUCCAAAACAUUCUAACAUAUGAUUCUAUGAAUAUUACUUAAAUGGAAGUUCUCUUGUUUUUCAGAGAACCACUGAUGUUAAAGAUUUCUUCCAUAGUGAAAUAGCAUCCUUGGGAUUGGAGGAGUUUAUCUUCUACCUACCUUGAUAAACAGGAUCUGCAGCUCUGUUCUAUGUCUGAAAAAUGACUUGAUGAAAAAUGCUUGGGCUUCAGGUUGUAGAAUUUCCAUCCAAACCACCGAUCCAAGAAUUUUCUGCAUCAAAUGGCAAGUUGUUUUACACUACAUCCGUUAGCUUGCGUAUUCACAGGCUGUAGCAUUCUUUUUUUUUUUUUUUUUCCAGUGAACAUCAAUGAGAUUACAUAUGGAGCAAAGUUCCAUUUUGACCAUGGGAACUGGAACAUUGCCUCUGAGCUAAUAAAGCUGUGGUUUUGAUGUCAUUA